CUCUACUGCUGACUUAUGUUCCAAAAUGGCGGCUUCAAGUAGCAGCAACGAAUUUCCUUUUAACGACGACCGGGAAUUUGAACUGAAACUCGGGAGUAGCUUUCAUUCAAAAGGUGGACCAAAGAUGGCUUUUCACACCAUACGAUGUAAGGUUGAGUUUCUUGCAAUAUUGUUGUUCACACGUUUUGUCGUUAGAACUGAAGAGAGGGCAGCUGUUUAUUUUGUAAAGCUAAAUAGGGCAAAACAAACGCUAAAUCUCAAAGUGAAAGCAAAAGAUAACGAGGGAUUGAAAGAAAAAAUUUCUGGAACAUUUUUUCUUUAUUGAAUUUAAUUUUUUGGAAAGUUGUUCGCUCUGUUGUGCCGAACGAGCAUCUCCGUGGGAGAAAAUAGACGUUGAUCAAUCUCGGGAUCAUUGUUGAGAACGAAAUAGCCUGCGUAGCUGGCGCUUUUUUUUUUUUUUUUGCUGUUCUUUUCUGGUCCACAAAUUAAGAGUUAGAGGGGCGUGAAUACUGAACCAAGGCCCUUAUAUUUGCCUCAUAGGUAUGUGCUGCCCCAAAGGGUAUGGUUUUUGCCCCGUUUUGGUCUGAAAGCGGGUGUAGACUUUGCCUAUUUUGGUCUGAAUUCGGGUAUGGUUUUCGAGGGAAAACUUGAGUUCAUAAACGUAUUAAUUUUGUUGUUUCAAUUCCAAAUGAACAAGAAAGAAUGAGUAUUGAUGUGCAAAUUCGAAAUGAAUUUUAAGAAAUCUUUUUGUUGGCGUUGAAAUCUAAGUACAUGUACAUGUAAGGAUGACAUAAUUUCCGCCUACACCAGUUCUGAAAACAGGUAUGGAUUUUAGAGGCCAGGUCUGAGAACGGGUAUGGAAAAUGAUUAUUUUUUGGUCUGAAGUAGGGUCAGGAUUUUAGAGAACUGGGUGGCACACCCCCACCAUGAAUCCCCAGGAAUACCCCGCUAUAGCCUGCAAGCAGGCUUACUUGUGCGAAUUUGGGGAAAAUUAUUUUGGCAGCAGAGCUGACAUCUAGUGUGUGAAUUGGGAAUUGAUGGACACCCCUUUUAAGGUGUCAAGGUGACUAUCCAAUAGGAGCAAUGCAAAAGUAAACAAACUGACAGAAGUUGAACAUGCAGAUGUCAUGCUAAUCUGCAUCAGAGGUCAAAUACAGUGAGAAACAAAUACCAAAGAGAUCAAUUUUCAUAAGCAGACCACUUCCAGACCACUUUUAUUUUGACAAGCAGAAAAUAUAACAUUUGCUCUUUUAUAACUUAAGCAUCCCCCCUUAGCAUUAUCUACCCGCUAGAAACAGGGCAGCUUCUAAACAUGACCUUGGGUGAAACAGACCAACUUCAUGAUCUUUCAGUGUGAGACAAGUGACAAAAAUAGGCUACUGAAUUUGCUCAGUCAAAAUUAAGAAUCCUCCUGUCCGUUUGAGAGAAAAUUGUAAAUAAAACAAAAUAGCAUUUGAGGCAAAAGUAGUGCAGGCCUACUGACUCUUUUUAUCAUUAACUUUGAUCCAAUGAUAUGUGAAUGUUUGUCCCGCGUGUCUAUGGUUUUUGUCACAGCUAUGUUGCCUGUCGACGCCUGUCACUUUUAACCAAUUAGAUCGCUGCAUUCGUCAGCAAACGUGGGGUGUUAAAAAUCAAUAGCUUAUAAAUAUGCAGGCUCACUUUUCCUUGGUCCAUUUACCCCAUGUGAUGGAACAUUUCUUUGAACUUGCAUAAGUGAGCCUGCUCCCUGAGGUCUGUGUAGCUGGAUCUCUAAACAAGGUGACCCCACAAAUUAUUGUCACUCUGAAAAACACACUGAAAAAAUAUUUUAAACAUUAUAUUUUCAGGACAGGCUGAUGAUUCAUUUUUGUAUGCCAGUAAAAGAGUAAUUUUUUUAAUUUAUUAGUGAUUGAUACAUGUACUAUAUUUGCUGUUAUCAUAGAUGAUUUCAAGCCUGCUUCAGUUGACACCUCAAGACCAGCUGAACUUGUUGUUGGUGAAAAAGAUGAGAUCACAGUAACAGUUCCCCAUGUCCAGGUAAAAAUUUUGUUUUUUAUUUUACCCAUUUGCAAUGGGAAUGUUUCUAAAAAUUGCCUUUAGAGGCUGAUUCAGCUGUUUUCUGGUUUUUUCCAUUUUCCUCUUGUCUGAAUUGUGCUCGUUCUGGUAUGAUUGGAAAGAUCUCCUCACGGUAGCUGCACAAGUUAGAUGACAAAGUCAUCCUUAAAAAAAACUAAUGACUAAAACUGAUGACUUCACCAUGGUAGGAAGGAUGUGGAUCUUGCAUGGUUGGUUACAGCCAGUUCAGGGGCAAAUGAGUUAAUCAAAAGCUAAAGUAAAUUUGUCUCAACUGCCAAUUUUUUCACCCAAUUUGGCAUUUUAUUUUAAUUUCAAUUUAGUAAUGCAGCAAGAAUAAACUUUUAUAAAGCUCAUGCACAUUUUUCAGUGGGUAAAAGUAGAUUAAGUCCUGUACCAAUUUGGGGGACCAGAUUUUUCAAUUUCUUGUAGGAUUCUGGAACAACAGUUUAUCGAGGAUCCAAAAGAAGCUGCACUAAGGAAUUUAUCUUGGUUGUUGACAAAGAGAAAAAGGUACAAGUUAGUAUAAUUAUUAUUAUUAUUAUUUUGUAUAAUUUUGUGAUAUGAAAGGUGUAGUGUGGGGUAAAACGUAUUAUUAGAAUCACGGAUUUACCUUUUAUUUAUGACUUGAUUUUGGGGUGUCUUUUUUAUUAGUUUGUAAAACACAGGUUCUCUGGUAGAGUCUAAAAUAAUAUAUUUCUGACAUUAAAAAACAAUACUGCAUAUUAUGCAGUAUUGUUUUUUAAUGUCAGAAGAUUGAUUUCUUAUGGAUUAUGUGAUUUGCAAUGUUGAGUGAAAUUACCCCUUUGCAUUAUAUUGGGAAGGCUGGGAUAUCACUAUUACAGGGGCUCAGUACAUGUAGAUUCAAUCAAUCAAUCAAUCAACAAAUUUAUUUUACUAUGCUAGCCACACACAAUGAAAGCGUAUUUCCAGGUGGGGCAUAGGCAAACACACAUUGCAAAAAAUAGAAGCAAUGUGGUGUUCAUAACAUAUAUGUAGGGCAUUUUCUAAUACAUGUAUUGGUAAAUCAUGGGGCAUUCAAAACUUUUAAACAUUCUAACUGAGAUGAAGUACAACAGAUCAGGGCCACAGGCAACCAACACCGUUGGGUUUGCCAGUUUCAGAUGACGAAACUUGUAGUCCUGCUGUUGAUAGGAUGCUAGUGUCAAAGCAUUCUCCCUGAGAAAGUAACUAGAAACAUUGUCACAACGUAGGGUGCAAAGAGGGUCAGUUUUACAGCUUGCCAUUCAGGAAAGCUGUAGCUAGCAGUACUGGCCCAAAUGUCAUUUCAACUACCACAAAAACAAUUUUUGAUGAGCAGGUUUGAUUACAGUUCUUUUGUGAUUUUAAUUCGCGGAGAAACGUCACUUGCCCAUCGGGCAACUUAAGAACAGAACUCACUAGCCUGAUAGCAAAAUCCGCUAGCUCCUAGGCUAUUGGACACUACUUUGUUUGCACACUGCAACGUAAACCCUGCUUCAAUAUCCAAGGUGCUAACAGGCCCGCUUGAAGUUUGAGGCUUCAUGGCUUUACUGUAGAGAUUGUUUUCACAAGACGUCACAGCGGCCACAUUGGUGUACAGUACAGUGAAAUGGCUGCCAUGUUGGUGUAGAGGAAAAAUCCUGCGGGAAUUGAACUCUUUUCUCACAUAAAAACAUGCUUUUGUUCCAAGAAAUUUGCAUAGCUGCUGACCACUUAUAAGUAACAAUGAUCUACAGAAUUGUGACAAUGCAUCAAUUCACAGCUCAAGUGCUCCAGUUAAUACAUUAUGACUGUACAAGAAUAAAUGUCAAAGUAACAAUGGAAUUGAUGUGAUUCAUUUCUUUCAGACAUUCACACUGGAAAGAAUUGAGUCAGCUGUUCCACAACUCAAGAAAGUAAGGUAUGGUCCUUUUCAGCCUUUUUUGGCACCUCCCCUUCCUGGUGUGAAUAUUUUAUUAUUCAGUCACGCAACAUGAGGGGUAGUGUUCCCUUUUCCCCCUCCCAGUACAGCCCUUGCGCUCUCGCGCACCCGAGUUGCCCCUUCCCCUUCCCCUUUUAAUGCAGGCGAUAAUAAUUAUUAUUAUUAAAGGCAAAAGCAGUUUAUUUAUCUAACCUCCACCAUUAAUCAAGUAAUUUGUACUUUCACUUUGGCCGUGGCAGGAUUGCCGUAAAUGACCUACUAAACACCUGUUAUCUGGUAAAGGCCCCCUCUAUGCUGUAUAAAUUUUAUUAAACACCCGUCAAAAGACGUCCCCUUUGAGAAUGACUACAAAAUACUAGGAGAUGACAAAAAGGAACAAAAUGAACGCAUUCAAAAAAGAGCAAUUCAUUCAAUUUCUUGCUUGAUGAACCAGGGUUUGCGUAUUUCGUCUUGCUCAAUGUCAAGUUCAAAGUAGAGAUAGACCAACGAUGGUGACACAAUAACCCUGAGCAGGGAUUCUGACAUCAAUGUUGGGAUUUGAAAGAGCCAUAUGGAUCUCUAGACUGGCGGCCUAAACGUAUUAAUUGGUAGAGUGGAUAUUCUACUAUUUUUAAACUCUCUUGAGUUGAUAUUUUUGCCAAAAGCAUAUUACAGUGAAUUCUCUUAGGCCAUUAAGCGGACCCCUAAAUUAAGCGGACACCCUCUAUUAAGUGGACACUAAGCCAGGUCCUGAAAUUAUGUCUUAUAUUUCCCUUUACAAUGAACCACUAUUCGGCGGACACCUCUAUUAAGCAGACGGGGACACUAAAAUAAAUUGUAUUUUGCUAAUUUCUAUUGUUAAAAACCUCUGUUAAGCGGACACCGGACUGAAUUGACCAAAGUAGUAUUGGAUUACGUCCUUGAAAUAUGUACUGUAGUCGAUUAAUAAAGAUGAAUCAAUGCAUUUAGCUGUCAAUAAACUGUAGAUUAGACCAAUGUUCAGCUGUAUGAUUGUCAUCCGCGAUCAAAAAUCACCUCAAAGUCUUGCACAAAGUACAGCGCAUCUUUCUUAGCUUCCUUAACAACAUGGAACUUUAUCACAGUACAGGGUAACCAUUGAAUGUUAAUAGUUAACAAACAUUGCACAAUUUUUACAAACCUCUGAUAAGCGGGCACCUGGGAAGGUCCCGAAGGUGUCCGCUUAAUCACUGUAGUUUGACCACAAAACUGAGUAUGGUGUGGGUUCAAUUCCUGGGGCCUCACUUAUACUCAAGGUCUUAAAAAUAUAACUACAUGUGUAACAAAUGAAUGUACUUCCUUAGCCCGGCAAAUGGCUAGACGUUCACGUGACUUGGUUGAGCAUGUAUAAUGGCGUCCUUUCUUUAGAAGGAGACUUCAAAAUACAUACAUGCGGUGUCCUCAAUUAUUACUUUCGUGCUUAAUUUAUUGACACUCAAAUAAGGUGCAUUCUUUCGGGAGGGGGUAGCAAAAAAGGUUUAAUUUACACUGUAACCAUUUCGGAUUAUUUAUUAUUUAUAAAGCUUAUAAGCUCUAUUUAUUUUUUUUUUUUACAUUUCUGUCCACCUACCCCUCCCCUAAGCCAGCAUUUUGCCCUAAGUGAGAAGUAAGUGUCAAUGUUGGCUUAGGGGAGGGAUAGGUUAGCAGUUUCCCAACCCCAAUAUCCACAUAACAAUUCUCGAGACUAAUCCACUCACACACCCUUCAAGAAUUUUAGAAUUGAAAGAAUAUGAUUAAAGAUCAAGGCCUUUUCCUUUUGAUGAUAAUUUUGUCAAUUCUCGUAACCUUUCUUCUUGAUGAUGUAUGAUGUUGUUGGGAGAAAAGUGAUGUCAGUCACUUUUGGAAAUGUUUUAAGUUAAAGUUGUAUUUUGCUAUUGGUAGAUCGUCAACUAAGUCAGCCAAGCCAGCAAAGUUACCUGUGACGCCUUCAACCGCAACACUAACGAAAUCCCAAAAAACUAAAACAAAGAAAACACCAGAAAAGAAGGAAAAGAAGGUGUCAAAACAGGCUUCUCCUGUCAAGAGUACAAUCUCAUCAACAUCUGCUCCAAGCUCUCAGGUAUUUUGCUUUACAAUAUGUUCUUGUAAACUCUAUCUCUGUUCUUUAGCUUCCCUUAUGGGAGUUGGGGUGAUGCUCGAUAUACCAGGUCAAUAAGUAUUAUAUGCACUGUUGUGGCGUUCUAUUGUGUGAAGUUUAUUAUCUUAUUGUGUUAGGGCUAGGGAUCAUUGUUGUGUUCUUUGUGACGUCACUCCAGACUUGCUAUUCACCUGCUGGGCAGGUUUUGGGUAAAAGGCCAGACGAAUUGUAAUGCCUGGCCCAGCUGGUUGAAGGUUGGGAGUGGUUUGAUGUCCCUUCCCCUUAAAAAAUGGUUUGAAUAUCAAUGUGUAGUUCCAGAAAAUAUCCAUUUAUUCAAUAAGCCCCCCCCCCCGCCACGGAGGGCACUUUUGUCUUUUGUUUGAGAAACCCACCCCUUUGGGAAAAAAAACCUCUGUAAAUGCCAAAUGUCGUCUAACUUUCUAUUUGAUGAGUGUCGCUCAGAAACGUUAAGCUCACUAACACUGAUCACUCUUCACUAACUCUGCACUGCUAUAUUUCUUUAGUAAAUAACCUUUUCAUCAACUCUAUACUGCAGGAGUCUAGCGCUAAAGCUGAAGAAACAACCCUCAAUGCUGAAUCGGACUUAAGCUCAUCAUCCUCCAGCGAUAGUUCUGAUUCUGAAAAGGACGAAAAUGAAGAUGAAUUUGACGAGAAAGAUGUUGAGAAACUCAACAGUCUAAUGGGCAAUGUAAGUAUACUAGUAAUUUUGUAGUGAUCUUAUUAUGAAACAACUCUGCAAGUGGGCAAGGUGAAGCGAAUCCAGCGUCUAAUUGGCUACCUAAUACCCAUAAUACAUCUUGUUUAACCCCCUGUCUUUAAUUUCUCUUGGGACAACUGUAAUACAUUGGUAAUGCAAAAUUUUAGGGAGUGAACAAGGCGAGUUAUGGGCAAUGUGAAGAUGAUGAAUGAGACGGGUCUAUUUUACCCCCUUUGUUCUCGCAAGGGACAAAAAAACGUGUCAUUUGACAUACAAAUCCUUUACCGGUCAAGCUUGUUCUAGCAAGCCGAUGCGGCCUUGGUUUCUUUGAGUUUUUUGUGUCGAGUUUAAUAAAAACUCGCCUAAAAAAAAAAGAAUAACAACAACGAACGAGGCCAAUACUGAGCCAAGGAGGCGUGGUCAUGAACGUACAUACCGGUAUAUUCAGUGGCGGCUAAACUUUUUACUGUUCCUCACUCACAACCCGCCCACAAAAAGUGCUCUUUUGCUGCGUAUUUUUAAUUCAACUUUUCAUCAUAGACUGCAAACAGUCGGUUUGUUGCUCAAAAUCUGUUUUGCAAGAGGCGAAGCGCCGCCGACUCUUCUCCGUCUCACUCUCCGUCUUUAUCCUCACUCUAGACCUUUCCUUUGGCCACUCACUUGCGCGCGCGUUCUUAACCUAAGCAAAACUACGGGCUGUUUUGGGUUUGUCAUAAAUAUAUCAAAACUUCUGCUUUAAGAUAAGCAGUGUAAAUCCUUUUAAUUUGACAUUUUUGAUGUCUUUAUUUUUCUUUUAAGAUGGAUGAAAAAGAUACCUUAACCAAGAAGGUAGAAGGUUUCAACACUCUUUGUAAGUAUGACAUAACGCUUUCAAACUAUGUCCUAGGCCUUACGAUUACACAAAAUAAAAUAUAAGAAAAGAAUAUAAACAUCACAAAAAACCAAAAUCGUGAUUUCCUUCCUUCCUCAUUUAUUAACUUGAUUUCUUCAUAGUGUUCCGGCUUGAUGCAUUCCCCUUCGCUUAAUGCAUUUUCUUGCCAAAGCGGGUGGCGUUUCAUUUUUUGGAAAAUUUUUAAUCCAAUCCAGGCAUCCAGAGCAGCGUAUUCUAUCUGUGUAAAUGUUAAAGGAUACUUUUCCCAGUUACUCAUUGCUUUCGUCUUGUCAAGCUCAAUUCCCAGAAAUGUUUGGGCGAGUGCUUUCAAGCCUGUCUUCCUCAUUGAGGGAUCGAUUUCCUUUGCCAUCAACUGAAUGUCUGCUAAUCCUUCUAGAACCAAACCUAGAUCUCUUUUGAGCUUUGAACCGUCUCGCUUUAUGUCGCUUCCAACUUUGAGGAUGUCUUUGUCUCUGAGUACAAGCUUGAGUGAUUUCGGAAGCCUGUCCAUGUGAUAAGCGUGCAAAACUAAACAAGAGUUGUCAACGGCUAGUUGAAGGACGGCGGUUUCGUUUUCGGUUCCUCCGUACUUUUUGCUAACAAACUGAGGUUUCCACUCAAUAUCAAAGCCAACCGCCGAUACUUGUGUAGGACAAUCUAUAACAUUGUAUCUUAGCCAUUUCUCAGCCUCUAAUGCAUCAGUGGUAUACACGACCUUGACUCCUUGAGCUGACAAAGGAUAAGAUAGCUCAUACAUUUUCGUUGUAAGGGGCAUACUUCUUUGAGAAGUAUUCAGCGAAGUGUACUCUGUGUUUGAGUUAAAUCGUUUCUCUACAUCUGUGCUUGCAUUUCGGUGCUGAAUCGGAUGAGAACGUGCUUCAUUUUCCCGACUAUAACCUUGUUUCACGGUUGUUGACUUCCGAUAAUAUUUUAUAUGGGUCCAAUCUCUGCUCUCUACAUCGUAUCGAAAGCAAGGCACAUAAUUUGCAUAAUCUUCGGCCCGAUUUGACGCCGAGAAAGCUUUUGUGCUUCUGAAAACCCUGGAAUCGUUUUCGUAGUUAUGUCCAUAAAACGAGGGCGAAGCGAAACGAUUUUCCCUGUAUUGUCGAAGUGUGGAACUUCGCACAGGUAACGGUGACCGAAAUGUCAGCUUAGAAUCUUGGUCGUGGCAUUGACUAUCGCUAUCUGAGCCACUAGUUGAAUCCUGGUAAAGAUAGCUCGGUCGUUCGUCAAGCCUUGCAUGAGACAUCAUACGAUCGCCAAAACCCUCCAAAAUGAUAUAAAACUAAGACUAGAAUCAAUUGACAAGUCAUCGUCACAAUCAAGCAGGUACAGGAACAUUGGACUUUGGUGGACACGUGAUGUUGCCUAAGCUCACGAGACAAGAGUUGGUACCGGGGCCCCCCCGGGAUUUGGUAACUCGUGCAACUGUUGGCCAAAACUCUUUAGACCCUGUAAUUACGAAAAUCAUUGCCGUAAUUGACGGGAUUCUAAGGGAGGAGUACAAGUAUAUUUCAGGUCACAAUUUCGAGAAUGUGUUGAAUUAUUGUAGCCUGUGUACGGCCGCCCCUUGCGGGAAGGGGGCGGCUAUGCACAGCCUAAAUAAUUGUAAUGAUGAAAUAAAUGACAUUUAUUUAUGAACACAGCUUGUUCACUGCGAGGAAGACUUGUAUACUUAUUAAAAAUUGAACAGGUCCCCGUUGUUUGUGUUCACAGGUGAAGAUCUCCAGUUAAGCGAAUCAGGAAGUGACAGCGAUUAACAAGAGAUCGUGGACGGUAUCUAACAAAAGAAUUUUUAGUCAUUAAUUUAUAAGAUAUUUAAUUAUAAUUUAUGCUAAUAUAUGCAUUGACCGCUUUGCAUUUAUAAAGAUAUAUUUGGUUAAAACGGUUAUUUUUCAUUUUCCACCCUGUGUCUUAACUGAAAAAUGCUUUCUGUUUCUUUACGACGAUACUUUUUCAUCCUUUAUUGCCUUUAAACCUUACGUCAUCUUGUUGGCGAACUCUGUCUACCGAAAUUUUUCUGCAUUUUUUCUUAAUUUUUAAAAAUGAAAUUGGAAUUGAGAGUGUUUUGACGAUAACAUAGUCAUCUGACAAUAACAUCGCAAGCACUUUGAAACCACCUGCAUCGAUGAAAUUUUGUGCAAUCGGGAAACCUCGUUCCCAGGUUCCUGCCUUAUAAUACUUGUCCCUAUGAAGCGAGAGGGGACCGGGGAGUAGUCAUUACGUCUUUGUCUAAUUGUCCUCAGCUUCGCUUCACUGGAGGUACUCGGUUUGCAACCAAAAAAAUAAUACAUACCCGUGAUGAAUAAAUGGGAAACUGAAAACCUGUAAUAAAAAAGAAGUAAAAUAUAUGUAAAAGUAAACUUGAGCCCUUUACUAUAGGGCCUAUAGUAAAAUUAACUUUAUAUUCAACCUGAUAUGGAUCGACGCCUGUAACCAAGGCGUCUCUCGAGCUGUACCAUAAAACGAAUUGUAGAUAGUUCUUCUAAACUGAAGUUCAAACUGAUUAACUGAUGUUUAAAUCUUAGUUGCCGUUUGCCAGUGUUUGCACGGCAGAUGAUCAAAGACAUGACCGUUCCUAGCAUAACUUAUGCUUAAAUAGUACUGAUCUUUGAAUUACUCAUCAAACUGUGUUUUAAAGAAUUUCUGGUGUCUCUUGACGAAACGUCUGCUUGUGGUGUCCAUUCCCAGGACCAUUGUCAACGAAAUCGUUUCUGUUUUGUCUAGCAAAACUAAUGAACCGAGAAAAGACGGUUAUGGGACUUAAACUUGAGCGAAAAGUUGUUUAGUAUGUUUUAUCUGUUAAUAUCUUGAUCUUCAUAAUUCUUUAAUUCUAUGACUUGACGAUGUUGUCCGAUAGAAUAACACAGAAAUUGACCAAAAUAAAGAAAGAAACAGCUAGACUGCUCUCACUCGCACAACUUUCCUGAUUUCCCCACCUAUUUCCAGGGGAAAUGCUUAUGAGAACUUAAAGUUGUCUUUCAAAAUUUGGACGAGUUUCUUCAUUCAUCUGAAUUUACAUAAAGUAAUUUUUUUUGUAAAUAAUCUGAAAAAAGAGAGAAUUUAAUAUCUGCUAAAUAAAUAUGCG